AUCGACCUCUCAUCACUCUGUUUCUCUCCUUCUCUCUCUGUGUCAGCUUCUUCUCUGUUUUUUUUUCAGCAUAAAAUCAAAUCAGCAAUAGAUAAAAAUGUCGUAUUUGUUGCCACAUCUUCACUCUGGAUGGGCAGUGGAUCAAGCUAUUCUUGCUGAAGAAGAACGCCUUGUAAUCAUUCGAUUUGGCCAUGAUUGGGAUGAUACUUGUAUGCAGUGUUGGAUGGACGAGGUGCUGUCUUCAGUUGCAGAGACAAUCAAGAACUUUGCUGUGAUUUACCUGGUUGACAUCACCGAGGUCCCUGAUUUUAACACGAUGUACGAGCUGUAUGAUCCAUCCACCAUCAUGUUCUUCUUCAGGAACAAGCACAUUAUGAUUGAUCUUGGCACUGGGAACAAUAACAAGAUCAAUUGGGCCCUUAAGGAUAAACAAGAAUUUGUCGACAUUGUUGAGACUGUGUAUCGCGGUGCCAGAAAAGGCCGGGGUCUAGUCAUUGCACCAAAAGAUUACUCUACCAAGUACAGAUACUAAGUUACUUGGUUGCUGGAAUAUGUUGUAUACUUAAUGACAAAACUGGAAGAACUGAUAGAACAACGUUCAAUUGAACUGUAAAAAAUUGAUCAAGCAUGAUUAUGAUGAGCUUCUUGGAUA